AAUCAUUUUCGUGAAACGGCUUGGCAGUUGAUUCUUUUGUGCAGUGUUCUUAUUCUCGCAGCUCAUAUUACAACCGAAAAAUUACAGUUUACACCGUUUUCAGUCCAAAUAAUACGGGAAAAAUAAAAGAUUUACGAAACAACGCUAAACGGUUUAUAAAGCGCGAAAGAAAGGUGUCUUAAUGUUUCCUUGUAUCUGUGAAAUGUUGCAGCGGUUUGCAAAAGUGUAGUGAAAGCCAAGACAAGCGAGUGAGCCAAACGUGCCAAAGGGAAACAAAGCACUAAAAAAAAUUGUAAUCGAAACCAGGCAAUGUUUGAAAAUACGCUAUAUUAAAUGAAACAAAAAAAUAAUAAUUUGCAUUAAUCUACCAAGCGUUUAUAAUGUGCAUGCAAAAAAUAUGCGUUUCAAUUUGCAAUUAGCCUAUUUGGGCCUGUUAUCGGUGACGUGUAUUUCGAGUUGCUUGCUCUUCUUUGUGCUACUCACAGAGAAUACUAAAUAUGUAGCUGCUUGUAGUGACGAGAACACGGUUUUACCUGCACAAAUUGAUGCAGCUGCCAAUGAGAAUGCUAAUGCGCCAGUGACGCCUGUUACCAAGGCACAUGAAGAUAUCUUACCGAAUUAUAAAAAAGUGAAAAAAUUAAUAAAUAAUGAUGGUGAAGAAUCAAUUCCAGUCAUUGCUAAUGAAUUGGAUAAUUUCCAAAUUAUCGACGAAAACAAAGCAACGGAAUCAGCUGAAAGCUUGUUGCUGCCCAAUGUUGUUGUUGAGCGUGCUACUGCAGGUGCAGGUGCCAGUGUUGUUGAUGCAAAUGUGUUAAUAAAUGCAGAAAAUAUUGUAGUUGUAAAUGAAGUGACCGAACAAAAAAAACAAGAUGAAAAUGUAGAAAACAUAGCAAUUGCAACUGAGGUGCCGGCAACAGAGCACAGCGAUGAUUUGCAAAAUGUGAAUACACAAGAUAACAUGCCAGAAGGCUUGCCUGAUAUCACCGAGAUCCCAACAAUAACGGUGACAGAAUUGCCAUUGGAAAUUUUAGAACCAACACGUGGCAAUAUUGAUGCUUUAAUCAUUGACGCCGCAAAGGAAACCAUUGCGAGAGAACAUGAAAAUCAUACUUUGGAAAUGUUGGAAAGUGGCAGUGAGGUGAUAAGAAAAGAUGAAGAAAUCAUAAAAUUUGACGACUCUGGCGGCGCUGAAAAGAUGCAGCCUACGCAGCAAACGGACGCAGAUCUCACUUCAAAUGAAAUUCCACAUAACAUUCCAACGGUCAAUGCAACUAAAGCGGCAAUAUCACCAACGCCAGCGACACCAACACCAGCAACAGCAACAGGAACACCAAAUGAGAACGAGAGCCAAGCAACUGCCAGCACCGCACCGCCCACGGAAGAACCCACAACCGGUGAUGACAAUACGGCGAACACUGUAAAUCUCACCGUCGAAGAGGUGCCAAUACCGGUCUUCUCUGAGUGGGCGCAAAAGCAAAUGGAAGAGGCUGAGAAGCAACAAGCAAAAGAACAAGAGGAGGUGAACACAUCCACGCAGAAGAAGAACCUCACCAAUGGCGAUGGUAAGCGUGCGGCACCACUUAAAAUGCGCAACAAAAACUAUGCAUCACCCGAUUGUGGCGCCAAAAUUAUCGCCUCCAAUGCAGAUGCGAGCAACACGGGCGCAGUGUUGAGCUCCUCCAAGGACGAGUACAUGUUGAGUCCGUGUGGCAACCGUAUCUGGUUUGUCGUCGAACUCUGCGAAGCGAUACAGGCGCAAAAAGUUGAGUUGGCCAAUUUUGAAUUGUUCUCUUCGUCACCGAAAAAUUUCACUGUAGCCGUCUCAAAUCGUUUCCCCACGCGCGAUUGGUCCAACGUGGGACGUUUCAUAGCAGAGGAUAAACGUAGUGUACAGAGCUUCGAUUUACAUCCACAUCUAUUUGGUAAAUUUGUACGCGUCGAUAUACAUUCGCAUUACUCCAAGGAGCAUUUCUGUCCCGUUUCACUUUUUCGUGUCUUCGGCACAUCUGAAUUUGAGGCAUUCGAAACAGAGAACGCGCCUCAUAACGACUUGGAAGACUUUGACGACGAUUUCGUGCAGGAGCAAGUGCUUUCCAAGAGUGCUGAUACAAAUCUCUUCAAAUCGGCCUCCGAUGCAGUGCUCUCAAUGGUAAAAAAAGCCGCCGAAGUGCUUGUCAAACCAGUACACCAACAAAAUACGACCCAACCUCGCGCCUCCACUCCCACACCAAAGUGCCGUACGCCCGUAGCAGGCCAAUACAGCUGCCACGACUGCAACCAACCGCUGGUGGCUCGUAUAAAUAAUGCGCUCUCGUGCGAAUACGAACAACUGCAAGUCUUGCUCAAAGUGCCAUGGCUGAAGAAAGAUCUACUGCGAACGCGAAUUUGUGCCAAUGAUUAUGGCAUUGAACUGAAAGAAAGAGUCGCCAUCAUCGAAGAUUACACUCAAAAGCAGAUGGACGUGAAACGCAGCUACUAUCUGAACUUGCUACCACCAGAAUAUGUGGGUGCACUAUGCCAACUGCUGGCCACGCAAGAAAAAGCCGCAGCAAUCAAAACCACAACGCAAAACUCGCGUGCGGAAAAUAUGCCUACGGAACCACCUUUGAAUCUGACCAUCGAAAAAAAAUUGAAAAAGGACGACCUCAGAAUAAUCGAUGGCAUGCAAAGAAAACUCGUCACGCCAGAGACAAUAACGAAAACGGCUACUGAAAGCGCAGAAACAAAGUUAAAUGGUGAAGGUGUGCAACCCACACCAUCAACUACCAUCAGCAAUGGCGAAGGGGGCAUAGUGGAAGAUGAGCAGCUUGUACGUCCGCCACGAGCGCACGCAGAUACCGCAACAGAUGCCACCACACAAGCACCUGCUGGCGGUAGCAACGAACCCAUGCCCGAUGUAAAUAUAUUCAAUGUACCUGCACAUACCUUGGAGCAAGAAGAAAAACAUACGCCAACCAGUGAAACAACCGAGAGCAGCCACAACGUGGAGUUAAGUAGUGGCGAACACAGUGGCGACAGCGACAAAGCUGCCAGCACAACGUCUAUACCGCCAGCUGCCAGUGCAGGUGUGCGGCGUGCACCAGCCGAAGCAGUAAACAACGACAACGCAUCACCCUCGCAGCCGACACUCACAACAACUACCGCCACGACGACACCACCACCACCUCCGGGCACACGCAGUGAAGAGGAUGCGGCUUCGUGGGAAAAUAUCGAUAAUCUAAUCACUUCUACGACAGCAGCACCAGUUGUCGGUGAUCCGAAUGUCCCGACCGCUCAGCCUGGCGUUAAUCUACAGCAGAAAAUACCGAGCGGUCCACAGUCGGAGAGUGUGUUUAUACGGCUUUCCAAUCGCAUUAAGGCGCUUGAACGGAAUAUGUCCUUAUCGGGACAAUACCUGGAGGAGCUUUCAAGACGUUAUAAAAAACAAGUGGAAGAACUACAACUAACACUCACCCAAACAGUACAAACGGUACGCACGCUGGAGGAACAAAGUCGCCGACAAGGCGAGCUCCAACAAAUGCUCGACGAACGCAAUGCCCAACUUAAGGAUGGACUCGACGAAUUGUCACUGCAAGUGCAGGCCUGCAUUGUGGUCAUCAUCUUUGUGGGCGCCUUUGCCUUUCUGCUACUCAUGGUUGGCAUACUCGUUUACCGUUCGAUGCGUCGCGAGACGAAGGAGGUGCUCGCGCUCUAUAACAGCGCCAAUAAAAAGAAGACCGCCAACGCAGUGGCAGCAAUGCAACGGAAACUUAAUCGACGUAAAUCAUAUGAGGAUUUCUCAGAUCAUCAACAGAGCGGCGAAAAGGUGCGACGCCCCAGCGAGGAGGCACUUAUGAUACUUAAAGAGCGUAGCGACGGCGUUGGUAUUGAAGCAGUUGGUGAUACGGCAAAAAAUGGCGUGCAACGUGAGCGGAAAAUAUCCAUUUGUUAUGGCAAUAAUAUGUCAAAUGGUAGUCAAAUGCAUGAAACGAGCACACCGAAUGCGUCGAAUGUAAAGCAGCGACGUAGAGGCGAAAAACAUUCAUGGCCUAACACGGAGCACGCACAACAGCAGGCGCGACGCCACCUCGCACAAUUGAAUGCGAAUCAGGACGGCGCAGCAGAGUUUGCAGAUAGUUUUGACAGAGUUAAUGGACGUCCACCGCGUGCACCGGUGCCACUCACCAACGGCAGUGAAAACCAAAAUAAAUCAGCUGGUGGCAAGACGAAACGAAAAGUGCAAGCACCACGUCGACAAACAUCAGUAUCGAGUGAUUUGAUGAUGGGCAGCACAGGCUUAAGCAAUACAAUAACACCCAUGUCGGCCGCAGAUAUCGAAUACGAUGAGAGUCUACGACUCGAAGAGGAUGACCUCGAUAAUUUUAUACCAACAUCUGAUUUGGCGUAUAAUGAAUUUAUGCCUGAAGGUCCUUCCGGCUAUCAGGUGGAGGAUAAUGUGGAUGCUGUCGACGGCGUGAAUGCGGAGAGCAAGAAGGCUGGCAAGAGACUUGGUCGUCUAAGUGCGCCCGCUUUCUUUAAAUCGCCCUUCGGCAAAAGUCGUAAUAAAUUGCGUAACAGUAAAUCGGCAAAGCAUCCACACGAAUCCACUUCUUGGGAAUGGUAUCGUUCGAAAAACGCCGAAUCAGCAAAACCAUUAAGCGGCUCCGUAUCGGCAAGCGGCGGUUUUAUGCGCGCCUCACCAACAGUCAGUCUGGAUUCAUCCUCCCUUUCGGAAAUUCUACUACCCAACAGCCGUACAGAGAACUCAUUUCGCAUACUCGAAGAGGCCAUACUCUCAUCCGGCGAAAGCAUAGCCGCAAGCAGUGUAGCCACCACCGGCACGAAUGUCACAGAUAAUGUUUUUUAGUUAAGUGGACACGUCGUUUAAAGAAAGCAAUUUUAAAUCAUAAUAUUCACAACAACAACAAUAAAAAUAAGAGCAACGAUCAUCAAAUUUGCAAUAAAUUUAAGAAGAUACUGCUGCUGAAAACUCCUUGACUUGGUGGGAGAAAGUAAGAAGAAGAAAUGUGGAAGAUGUAAGCGCAGAGAGUGGGAAAGCUCUAAAGCUGUAAAGUAUUCUUUUUAUUAAUUGCUACAUAAAAAUUCUUAAAAUUUACAUUAAUUGUAAAAAUGUAAAAAUUGAUUAUAAAUUUAAAAUAUAAAAUUUCAAGCGGAAAAUUUGUUAUUUAUUUACGAAAAUUUGCCAAUUGCCUUUUAGCUAAGUUUGUCUAUUUUGUAAAAUUAAUUAAUAAGUAGCGAUUGAAAUUUAUUUAGGUCAAAUUCAUUGUAAAAAUAUGUAAUGAUGUAUAGAAAAAAAUGUUUAAUUAAAUUGUGGAAAUUUUUACAUUUACAUUUAUGUAAAAUUGAUAAGAAAAAUGAUCGGAAUUGCCUGAAUAUUGUUGAUAUUUGUAAGCAAAUUUAUUGUAUGUAUGUGCAUAAAAAUAUGUACCUGUGUGUAUAUAUAUAUUAUUGUUAAAAAGAAACGAGCGCUGUUUUUAAUGCAUUAAAAUUGAAAAUAUUCAUUUCGUUAAGGCUUAAGAAUACGUUUUUUAGGGUCACUUACACACAUAGAUAAGUAAAUGCAAACAGAUAUAAAUUGAACUGCGUAAUAUAUAUACAUAUAUUUAAUUUCAGUGCAUAUGCGUUGCAUUGUGUUGUACGAAAAUGCGAAAAAAUGCGAGAAAGUUAUUGAAAAAUGCUAAAAAUACCAUAGGAAUUGGGUCAUAAUUUUAUUUCAACUCUGACAAAUGUUAAUAAAAUAAGCGAAAACUUGUAAUAAAUACACACAAUAGCACUGCA